AGACUUGACGGCAGAACAGAACAGAACAGAACAGAACAGAGCUUAAAACCGCCGCGCGCGCCAUCUCUGCAACGGUGAAAGCUCAUCAGCCGGCGGCCGGCGCACAUAGAAAGAGUUAGAGAAGAAGCUACGGACAGAAUGAAGAUAGAAGAGGUACAGAGCACCGCGAAGAAGCAGAGAAUCGCCACCCACACUCAUAUAAAAGGCCUCGGCCUUGAGCCAAGUGGAAAGGCAAUCCCUUUGGCGUCUGGCUUUGUGGGUCAGACAGACGCCAGAGAAGCAUCUGGUCUUGUUGUUGAUAUGAUUAGACAGAAGAAGAUGGCCGGAAAGGCUCUUCUAAUGGCCGGGCCUCCUGGUACCGGGAAGACAGCUUUGGCCCUUGGCAUUUCUCAGGAACUUGGCAGCAAGGUUCCAUUCUGUCCAAUGGUUGGAUCAGAAGUUUAUUCAUCAGAAGUGAAGAAAACGGAAGUUCUGAUGGAAAAUUUCCGUAGGGCAAUUGGCUUGCGUAUCAAGGAAAAUAAAGAGGUCACUGAACUAUCCCCGGAAGAAACUGAAAGUGUGACUGGUGGAUAUGGUAAAAGUAUUAGCCAUGUCAUAAUUGGUCUAAAGACUGUUAAAGGGACUAAGCAACUGAAGUUGGAUCCCACCAUCUAUGAUGCCUUGAUAAAGGAAAAGGUGGCUGUGGGGGAUGUUAUAUACAUUGAAGCAAAUAGCGGAGCAGUUAAAAGAGUGGGGAGAAGUGAUGCUUUUGCUACAGAGUUUGAUCUUGAAGCGGAAGAGUAUGUCCCACUUCCCAAAGGUGAAGUGCACAAAAAGAAGGAGAUAGUUCAGGAUGUUACACUGCAUGAUCUAGAUGCUGCUAAUGCAAGGCCUCAAGGUGGGCAAGACAUAUUGUCUUUAAUGGGGCAAAUGAUGAAACCAAGAAAGACCGAAAUAACAGACAAGCUACGCCAGGAAAUAAAUAAGGUUGUUAAUCGGUACAUUGAUGAAGGUGUGGCAGAACUUGUUCCUGGAGUUCUGUUCAUUGAUGAGGUGCACAUGCUGGAUAUGGAGUGCUUCUCGUACCUGAAUCGGGCUUUAGAGAGCUCAUUGUCUCCUAUAGUAAUCUUUGCAACUAAUAGAGGAAUAUGUAAUGUAAGAGGGACCGAUAUGAAUAGCCUGCAUGGGAUACCUGUUGACUUGCUGGACCGCUUGGUGAUUAUACGGACACAAAUUUAUGGCCCUGCAGAAAUGAUUCAGAUAUUGGCAAUUCGUGCACAGGUCGAGGAAUUGGUAGUUGACGAAGAAAGUCUAGCAUUCCUUGGAGAGAUUGGUCAGCAGACAUCCUUAAGGCAUUCUGUUCAGCUCUUAUCUCCCGCCAGUAUUGUAGCAAAGAUGAAUGGUAGAGAUAACAUUUGCAAGGCCGAUCUCGAUGAAGUAUGCAGCUUAUAUCUGGACGCCAAGUCCUCAGCAAAGCUACUUCAAGAACAGCAGGAGAAGUAUAUUUCUUGACAAUACAAGAGACGAUCUUUUUCUUCUCCCCCAGUUCAUUGAUGUUGCUUGCUGGAAGUGUGGUAAACAUCAAAACUCAAACGCUAGGUUAUAUUUCCAGACUUGUGCCAUAUUAUUCUCACAAAAGCUCUAUGUUGCAAUGAGGUGCACACAACAUGCCAUAAUAUUUCUAGCUCAUUCCUAAUACCUAUCUAAAAAUUUAUUUCAUUCAUAACAUUAACACCCCCAAAAAACCCAGCUCUCUGAGCUCUUAUUUAUGCCAACUGUAACAUCUUUGAGAACCCUUAUUAUCAGUCGCCAAACACGGCCCAUUUCUCUUGAUGCUCCAUCGGCAUAUCACGCACCCUCCGAAUACGACAUGAUUAGUACAGAUUGGGCAUUCGGAUCUGUAGUCAUUGACAUCAAGCCAAUGAGCAUCUCCUCCCCAAUCCAAACGACAGUAGUACAAAUUGGGUAUGAACAACAACGAAUUUGGUAACUCCCUAUGGAAACUUUGGUGCGGCUCCAGCACAUGCACACCAAGAUCGUCCUCCUUUGACCGGCAAUGAAUCGUUAUGUUUCGUGCUCCCUCGACGUCGUUCUCCAACACCAGCACCUUUUUCGCCUCCAUGGACGCGGCUAGUAGUAGCGUCGACAAGAGGAGGAGCGGGACUAAAACGGCGUGGCGUUGCCUGAUCAUCGCGCGUUCUUGUUCCUGUAUUCAGUUGUGUUUGAGAUAUGUGCUAAAAAUCUUCUCGUACUGGAUGAGGCGUGUCGGGUUCUGGAUUGCUUUAUUUAUAUGUUGAGGUAGACUUUGGAAUAAUAUCAAUCUUUGUCGAUUGAAUUUUUUUACUGAUGAGUGAUGUUCGCAAAGAAUUUUG